GCCCAUCCUAAACUACCUGCACCAGACUAGUCAUUUCAGAAUGGAAAACUGCGCAUGUGGUCCGUACUGCAGUGCACGAACUCAAUUCGAACCACUGCAAUAUAGUUUAAUCUAUUUAAUCAUUAUAGGUGACGUGGUUCUCGUAUUACACAGCUCUUUCAGUCGCUGCCUUCCCGAUUACUGGAUGUUUUUACCCCAUGCGCCGAGAAGAUUUUUAUGGCUUCUUGUGGUGUUAUGUUGACCCCUACUACUCCGCCAGUGAUAUAUCAAUUUGUCAUUGACAUAUGUCGAUCUGCCUGCACUGUCUAUACAGCAUAUGAGCCAAGAAUAUGUUUACCCAAGUCAGUAUCUCCUAUAAACCAUUUCUAUCAGAUGUUGAUUCACGAGUACCACUGCUAUGGCGCCUUCUGAUCAUCAUCUCGAUCUGCCUGCUUGGCAGAAUCGAACUACAUCUGCACAAAAAUUCUUCAGUGUCGGAAACUGCCAUAAAUAUCAACGCCAAUAAACCGUUCACAAAUCACUUUGUAAGUCGCUUGUGGACCCAAGUACGGUCCUGUCUGGGUAAGUUAUUUAUGACUGUUUUAACCUGCGCCCACCGAUUGAUUAAUCGCUUGCAUCUCAGGUAUAGCAUGAUGCGUCAGUCCCCCGUCGCAAAUCCAUUUUCAGCGAAUCUGAACUUCCAUUUGAUUGUCGCAUACCUCAAUCUCAAUGGGCUUAUUGUAUACAUUGUGGCCCAUAGUGAGAUGAGGUAUGCACUGCACGCAGGCAUGGCCACUAUGGCCCGCUUACAAAUGCAUGAUGACUUAACAGGGAAACUGUCACUACGAUAGACUCGUUUGGAAUUAUCAUCCCAGCGCUAUCAGGGGAGUUGAUCAAUGUAAACGAGCUCCCAUUGUUGUCGCUGAUAAGGCUUCUCUGCACCGUACCUGGUUGCGAUGCAAGAACUCUACCAGACUCUGCCCUCUCAGA